CAUUAGGACCCAGAGGAAUCCAAUUGCGUCUGUGUGCCUUUUUGGGUGAAGGAAUUAAAAACAGCCGAAAGGUGGAGAAUUAGACAAAUGUUAGUCAGAUCGUCUGUAAGACAGCAGUGUUCCUGAACCUGCUGACAGGACAGGACAGGACAGGAGAGGAGAUAGGGGAUAGAGUUAGUGCAGGCUCGGCAUUUAACUUCAUCAUGAGAGAGCCACGGUUUCGGGACAACUUUUGGAGUACAGAUAUAACCAGCAGCAUCGGUUAUGAUAAUCUGAUCCAGCACAUGAACGAUGGGCGAAAAACAUGCAAAGAGUUGGAAGAUUUUGUCAAACAAAGGGCAUCCAUCGAGGAGAAAUAUGGGAAGGAUUUGAUGUCAUUGUCAAAGAAAGUGUGUGGACAAAACGAACUGAAUACAUUGAAGAGAGCUUUUGAUGUCUUCAAACAACAGAUGGAGAAUGUAGGACUGUUGCACAUCCAGCUGGCUGGCAGUUUACGGGAAGAGGUUAAAAAAUUAGAGGAAUUCCGGGAAAAGCAAAAAGAUCAAAGGAAAAAGCUCGAACAUUGCAUGGAAAAUUUGCACAAGCAGAAAACUGUGUUCUUCAAGAAAACUAUAGAGUCCAAGAAGACUUACGAACAAAAAUGUAAAGACAAGGAUGAGGCCGAACAGAUGCUAAACCGAAGUUCUGGGAUCAGCAAUUCCAGACAGCAAGAUAAAUUGCAGUCAAAGGCAAACCAGAGUAAACAAAGUGCGGAAGAUGCUGAUCGAACAUACCACCAGAAUGUUUUGACUCUGGAGAAGAUCCGGGAGGAGUGGCAAAGUGAACACAUCAGGACGUGUGAGUUCCUUGAGAAGCAGGACUGUGAGCGAAUACACACCAUGCGUAAUGCUAUGUGGGUUCAUGCCAAUCAACUCUCCCAGGGGUGUGUGAGCAGUGACGAGAUGUACGAAGAAAUACGAAAGGUGCUAGAACAGUGCAACAUACAAAGAGACUUAGAAUUCUUCAUAGACUUAAAAAGGACCGGUGACACUGCACCAGCUCCCAUCCCAUAUGAGAAUUACUACAGUGGACAAAGAGGCUUGCCUCCCACCCGGGCUCCAGUUGCCACGAGGCGUAUGCCUCUGCCAACACCUGACAAUUCAGCAUCUGAACCACAAUAUGCUACAGUUGGAGAAAAUAAUUACAGUCACAUUCGGCACCAUUAGUCAUAUUGGAGCUCAAGUCUUGGCAGCAAAAACGUCAUUGGAAACUCUGCAACAUUGGGAAAAUGGAUAUUUUAUUCACUGAGGGAAUGGAAGGUCAUUUGAAGACAGUGGUUUAUGUGUCAACCUCAUGGAUUUUAACUGUUGCUGACAGAAUUUAUAUAUUUACAUUUCUACAUUUCUCCGUUACAAUGUCACAUCAAUGAUAUCAAAUUCUGAUGAGAUGCUAAUCAGUACUUGGAUGGAGUUCAGAUUUGAAUAUUAAAUUCAACUUUUCACCAUGACGCACCUUAAGGCUAACUGUACAAAGACCUGUUUGCUUGAGACUAAGCUCAUUAAGUUUGAAUAACUGAAGUAUGUAACACAAGAGGGAGCUAACCACCGUCUCCAAUUUGUGAUGCUGGUGGGUCUCCAGUGGAGUUGGGGUAAUGGUAUCAAAACUGAUCUCCUCCUUUGUGGGUUAAGAAGAGGAACUUCAGCCACAGUUGCCCAUCAACUGUUGAAUAGUCUUGCCAAGACUUGCUGCCAGUUUUGUUUAUUCAGACCGCCCAUGGAACCACACACAAAUGGUGAGGAAAGAGGCAAGCUAAAAGAAUAAAAAUUUAAAAAUAUGCUAUUCUCUACUUUAUGAAUGCUGGAACCGACUGUGGCUAAAUUCCUUUUUAUGACAAAAAAACAAUAUUACGUAAUCCCAGUCUAUCCAUGUCCAAAUAGAUGCAUUAAUAACAGUAAUAACAGUCUGGGCCAAGGUUAUUUAGAGACAACUAUCAAUUUACAAAACAGUAAUUAAAAUGUUCAUACUGCAGAUGUUCUCAAUGAACCUAGUGUGGUCACUUCCAUUGUUGCAGUUGUGUGAUUUAAGCUGUAAGGUCUGCUUGGACUUUUUAUACUCCGUUCCAUUGCUGUCAACUAAUUUCAUCUUGGAGGGUGUUUGGGGAGGAUACAUUAUGAUGUUUCAUAUUCCUCCUUUCACUCACCAGAUAGCACCCUGAAUGGGAACUUAAUUUUCAUCUCUCUGUCGGUGUCACUUUACAACUGCCAGCUAUGAGAAUGAUCAUAGAGAGAGACCCUUCCUAUUUUUAAGGAAGCUAAGGGAAUUGAUGAGGUAUUUGGGAAUCAUAGUUAUGAUCCCUCAUUUGCUGCUCAUUUCACAAUCCUUCACUCUAGUCGAAGAGAUGCUUGCCUUGUUUAAUCUGAUCCCAGAUGCCAUUCAUUUCCAUCGUGCAUUCCAGUAACUCCCAAUGCAAAAUAUUUGUCUACUUUCAAUGGGUAAAGGCAAGUCUAAUGAAUGUUGGAGAUUAUUCAAUGGCUUGGCAUUGCAGUUUUUGACCCUGAUGUAUUUAUAUGUCAGGUGAAAUUGUGUGCAAUAUAACAUCAUUUCCCAUAUAGAUUAAUUUUUAAAAUUUCACAUUCUUAUUGUUAUGUUAUUGAUAAUUUGAUAAAGAGUGGGUGUUUUUAUGUUUUGAAUGGCUGGAACAAUCACUACUUAUUUUUUGCAGCAAAAUAACUUUUCAACAAUUUGAAAAUUUGUAAAUGCCUACCUGUAUAACAUUAUGCUGCAAUGGACUCUCCAUUGCAGGGUGAGAUAUUUUUUACCCUAUUGCAGGUAAGCCAGUUUAAAAUAAAAAUGAGGUGAAUUCUGAGCUCAGUGGUAGGAAUUUUGGGCACUUGGUGAUUUGGAGUCACAAAAUGGUGGCUGAGCAGAAGGAGGCCAUGUGGCUUGUCAGGUUAAUGCCAACUUUCAUGGGAACAAUUCAGUUAGAGUGACUAUCCGGCUUCUCCCCAUGGUCUUACACAUUCAUUCUUUCAAAAUAACAAUCCAGUUUUCUCUGAAAUGAACCUGUUUCCACAGCAUGACAGCGGAUUCCACACUGAAGAAACUUCAAGAAUUAAGGCCAGUGCCUCUGCAAUUUCCACUUGAACUUGUCUCGGUAUGUUGGAUGCAGCCCAUUUGGUCCUAGUGUUUUAUCAUCUUCAAGAAACAGGAGAGGGUGUAAACCAUUCGGCCCCCUCAAGCUUGACUAUUGUUCAACAAGAUUAUGACUGAUCUGCCCCAGGCUUCAACUCCUCUUUUGGACCAGCUCAGCACAGCUGUCAGUGCCUUGAUAUUUCAAAAUAAGAACCAACAUUUUCAACUCUGCUUCAUUGUUUUGAAGUCAAGACUCUGUUGUUCAUUUUAAUAGCUUCUGAAAGAAUAAAACCCUUCUCAUUUUCUGAGUAGAAAUAUCAUCUUCUGAGUAGAAAUACCUUCUUAGAGAAGCAGGAGGCUGAAAAAACCCAGCAAACCAGGCAGCAUCAGGAAGUGGAGAAGUCGGUGUUUCGGGUGU